ACCUGCAUUGAUCUCUCAACAACCCUCUCAUCCCAAAGCUUCAAUCUUUGGCUGAAAAAAGAGGGAAAAACAAGCAUGGUGUUGCUUAGAAAGGGCAUUGCUUUUGCUAUAAUUUCAGUGAUGGCUUUGGGGUUAAUCCAAGCUGGAUUUUCCCAGAAUUUUAGCAGAGCCAGUUUCCCUAAAGGCUUCAUUUUCGGAACAGCCUCCUCUGCCUUCCAGUUUGAAGGAGCAGUAAAGGAGGAUGGAAGGGGACCAACUAUUUGGGACACAUUCUCACAUACUUCUGGGAAGAUACUUGAUCGCAGUAAUGCAGAUGUUGCUGUGGAUCAGUACCACCGCUUUUCGGAAGACAUACAACUCAUGAAAGACAUGGGAAUGGAUGCUUAUAGGUUUUCAAUAGCUUGGUCAAGGAUAUUCCCUAAUGGUUCAGGCGCGAUAAAUCAGGCCGGUGUCAAUCAUUACAACGAUUUCAUUAAUGCUUUGCUUGCAGCAGGAAUCGAGCCCUUUGUGACCCUUUACCACUGGGAUCUUCCCCAAGCUUUGGAGGACAAAUACAAUGGAUGGCUUGAUCCCCAAGUCAUAAAGGACUUUGCCAUGUAUGCUGAGACAUGCUUCAAGUUAUUUGGUGACAGAGUGAAACAUUGGACAACUUUCAAUGAACCCGAUACGUUUACCGUACAAGGUUACGAUGUAGGUCUCCAAGCACCGGGACGCUGCUCGAUCGUUCUUCGUUUGUUCUGCAAGGCCGGAGACUCUUCAACCGAGCCUUACAUUGUUGCCCACAAUGUUCUCCUUUCUCAUGCAACUGCAGUGGAUAUUUACAGGAAAAAGUACGAGGCAAAGCAGCAUGGACAGGUUGGGGUAUCAUUUAAUGUGAUUUGGUAUGAACCAGAGACUAAUAAAACUGAAGACAUUGAAGCAGCUAAAAGAGCACAAGAUUUUCAGCUUGGCUGGUUUUUGGACCCAUUGAUAUUCGGCGAUUAUCCAAGUUCGAUGAUAACCAGAGUAGGAAGCCGGUUGCCAAGGUUUACUAAAGCUGAAUCCGCUCUUCUCAAGGGGUCUUUGGAUUUUGUUGGCAUUAACCAUUACACCACCUGGUAUGCAAGAGAAAACAAAACUAAUCUGAUCGGCAAUUUACUACACGACACCGUUUCCGAUUCCGGUACCUUUACGUCACCUUUCAGAAAUGGGAAAGCUAUAGGAAAAAAGGCAAAUUCUAUAUGGAUAUACGUAGUACCUAGUGGUAUGAGAAGUUUAAUGAAAUACGUCAAGGAAAAAUACGGAAAUCCUCCAGUUAUCGUUACGGAAAAUGGUUACGAUGACCCAAACAGCCCAUUCAUCUCCACUAAAAAUGCUCUCAAGGACGAGAAAAGAAUCCGAUACCACAACGAUUACUUGACUAACCUGCUAGCUGCUAUCAAGGAAGAUGGUUGCAAUGUUAAAGGGUAUUUCGUGUGGGCGCUGCUCGAUAACUGGGAGUGGGGAGCCGGCUACACCACGAGAUUCGGUCUAUAUUUCGUGGACUAUAAAGACGAUCUCAAGAGGUACCCCAAGGACUCUGUCAAAUGGUUCAAGAACUUCUUGCAUCAGCUUAAAAACGAAUUGUAGCUGUACAUCCUUAGGACGACACCCUGUUGCUGGCUGUAACAUAUAGAAUAGUUGUGUGGAAAUUAUUCUUUUACAAUGAACAUAUUAAUUGUUGUUGAACAAGAUGUAAGAAUAUUAAAACUUGCAUUGUAAACAGUUUCGAUUCCCGGUGUUUCGGAAGUUUAGAUUGUAAUAUUAGUUAUUCAAUCCAUUACAAUUGUAGUGAACAUGUAGUUGUACAUUGCCUUAGAUAUAAAAUUGUUUCCCUUCAUAGA